UCCUCUCCGCUACUCAAGAUGGCGACAGCCUCAUCUAUUCAGCCGCCGAGCGUUCACUCUUCUUUGGACCAGGGAAACGCACUUUUCCCGGAGAUGAUGAGCAGCCCGGAGAGCCGACAGGAGGAAGAGGCAGCGCCGUCCGACCCGGGGAGCACCAGCCUCCGUGACCUGCCGGACCUGGAGCCGGAGGAAACUGAAAGGCGGCUGGCGAAAACUCGACAGGAGCUGAGCAACAGGAGGAAAAUCCUCAUCAAGAACCUCCCGCCAGACACAACAAACCAGGAGGUCCAUGAAAUCCUGAAAGAGUAUGAGCUGAAGUACUGCUUUGUGGACCGCAACAAAGGCACAGCCUUUGUGACUUUGCUGAACGGGGACCAGGCUCAGGAUGCCAUCCGCUCCCUCCAUCACAGCACAGUCCGGGGACGCUUGAUAAACGUCACACUGCAGCCCACUGACUCCCUGCUCUGUGUCACCAACCUGCCCCACACCUUCACUGGCCAGCAGUUUGAGGAGCUGGUGCGCACCUAUGGCAACAUCGAGCGCUCCUUUCUUGUGUACAGCGAGCUGACGGGUCACUCCAAGGGAUAUGGGUUCGUUGAAUACAUGAAGAAGGACUCUGCGUCACGAGCUCGGUCAGAGCUACUGGGCCGGCCGCAGGGGGAUCGUUCAUUGGUGGUGCAGUGGAUGGAUGUGAACCAACUAAGCCAUGAACAGCACCUCCAUUCUAAGUGUCUUUGUGUGGACAGGCUGCCUCUGGACCUUUGUGACUCAGAAGAACUGACCCAGCUCUUUUCUGACACGUAUAAACCUGUCUUCUGCCAGCUUGCUCAGGACGAGGGGAGCCCGGUGCGGGGCUUUGGCGUGGUGGAGUAUGAGACCGCUGAGCAAGCAGAGGCCAUCCUGAUCGAGAUGGACAGAAUGCUUGUGGGAGGGCAAGAAAUCCGUCUGUCCCUCUGCACGCCCGGCACCUCAGGGAGAAGCACCUUGGCAGCCCUCAUUGCUGCCCAGGGUGUGAUGCUGGGUAAUAAGAAAGGCCUUUUACCAGAGCCUAAUCUUGCGCAGCUGUUAACCAGUAUGACUAACCCUGCCGCCCUGCAAGUCCUCAUGAGACCACACCACUCUGGGAAAAGAGGAGGGAAAUAUGGUCGUCACCACAGUGUGCCAUUCCUCAGACCACCCUCCACUGCAGCCCUGCUCUCACUGGGCAAAGCCCAACAGAGUGCCAUGCUGGGAAAUGGACUCGUGCUGCAGAACCUCCUACACAUGCAGCUGGCCCAGCAACAACUCCUACACAUCAAAGACAAGCGUAUCAGCAGUGUUUCCAGUCUGCUAGGGGAUCCAUCCAGGUUGCUGCUCCAGAAAACCUUGACCCUGAGACCUACAGGCCCAGCGCCGUUAGGGAAGGGCCUCCUGGGAGACUCUCCUACUGAGUUGGGUCAGGAGGCUGUGCUAACAUCUACCCAUGGUGCCACAGUGAUGGUGUCUGCAGCAGGUAUGGUGCCAUACCUCCAGGGACGGGCACCGGGAGGAGGAGAGCAAAAUGGUGCUCACCCUAUUUCUGCACCUCCUACUGCCGCCUCCUCCUCCACUAACAGGCAGCCUGCACCUCCUGGGACCACCAUGAGCUCCCAGCCCCAGGGGCAGAGCUACUCCCUUGGAAUAAGUAACUCAGGCCUUGGCCCCCCUCCUCCCAAACCUCCAGGAUGCAUUCAGACAUUGACAGGGCAACACAACAGCUCUGAUAGUAGCUCUCCAGCUAGCUUGGUAAGUAGUGGCUGCGUGCAGAGCUCUCUGUUGGGUGAGCCCCCAAAAGAAGUCAGGCUCCCUUCUAACCCCUACUUGAACUUUGCAAGUGUAAUGCCGGGAAUGGUUCUGCAAGGGUCAGAGGGGAAUAAAACUCAAGGAGGACAACCAGUUUCCGGGGUGUACGGAAGCUCAGUGGCGGCUGUGGCCUCCCAGGGCUCUGGCUGUCUCUUCCACGGUGCCGCGACUACAGCCACAGCCCAGUACAGCACGGAUACCUCCACUGAUUACAGCCAGUACAGCCAGGCCUACUCACAGGAAGCCAUGCAACAGUGGUACCAGCACUACCAGGCAGCACACAGCUACAGCACACCUGCCACACAGGACGGCACACCUACAGACUACAGUAAAGAGCACACACAGACUACAUCCAUGACUUCCUAUGGAGAUUACAGUUCCUACAUGCAGGCAGUCACUCAAUACUACUCACAGCCUGCAGCAGCUAACCAGGCCUACACAAGCAAGGAAGUAGACGUGUGCAAGCCUCACGGAGUCGCCCUCCAUGCGGUCGGCAACGGCACCGCCCCUCCUCAGGCGGUUCUACCAGCUGCGGCCGUCUUGCCCGCCUAUGGCGCCCUGCCUUUAAUGCCGGGGUUUGUUAGCGCCCCCCACCCAGCGGCAGCCGCACCUAGCCCUGUCACACACGCACACACCGCGGCUACUGACUGGAACGCCUACUAUUAUAACCAGGCAAGGGGGCAAAAAAGGGAGUACCCUCAGCUGGGGCUACAGGAAGUGACAUCAUCAGAAGGUGCCUACAUAGGACAACACUCCCAAGGCCUUGGGGGGCAAUAUGCCGACUACUUUAAGAGGAAGAGGCUCUAG